AACUCCGAAAAGAAAAAUAGGGUAUGGUCAAAGUAAGUCAACUCUGCUUUUGGAAUUCAAAAAAUAUUUUUAAUGACAACAAAUAACAAUAAUGGAGGGAAAAUUUUGUUAAUCUUGCCCCCCGGAUUACAAAUUACAAUCAAGUCCCUCAAAAAAUAAGAAAUUAGAAAGCAACGCCGCAUUAAAUAUAAAGGCCCUUCUCCCCUAAAUCCCCAAUACACUAUAAAAAUUAAACCCCGUCCGGUGCUUUCUCUCUUUCUCUCUCCUCUCUGUGUGUGUGUUUGUGUAUGGAGAAAAAGCUGUAGAAUAUAUAGAUACAACUCCUCUGUACGUAUCGCAUCGGUUACGUUCCGGCUGCACGCCUGUGUUGCGCCAUUGGAUUUGGGAUUUUUUCGGUGAAGAUGACAGACUUGAGCGGAGAAGUCGAAGAUGGGUUGAUUGAUCUGAACAAGGAACCCGUGGAGAGAAAGCGGAAGAGGGUUGAGGAGAUUAGUUCGGCCGGAAAAGGUAACGAGCGGUCGAAUGAUUUGCCGAAAACCGGUAGGGUUUUGAGGUCAAGGACUGUAGCAAUGAGUGACGGUGAAAAGCAAGUGAUUAAGAUGGGGAUAGUGAAUAUGGAGGUUAAAGAAGACGAUGAAGAUGAGAUGCUAAUGGUGGAGUCUGAGGAGGAAGGUAAAGUGCAGGUUUUGCAGAAAAAGAAAAGGAAGGGUAGGAGGGGAAGGCCCCCGAAAAAUGGAGUUAAAAGUGAGGUUUCGGCUCCGAGUAAACCGAAGAGGGGAAGGCCUCCGAAAAAUGAAGGUAAAUGUGAGGUUUCGGCUCCAAGUAAAAAGAAGAAGCGGAAACCGGGAAGGCCCCCCAAAGCAGAAAGUCAAUGUGGGGUUUCUUCUUCGAGUUAUAAGAAGAAAGAUAGCAAGGUAAUCGAGAAGAAGAAGAAGUUUGAUGCUAGUAAUGAUGGGGAUGGUCAAUGUCAGUCAAUAGUGAAGCGAAAGCCGGGAAGGCCGCCGAAGAUUAGGAAUGAGGAAACGGGGUUAGUGAUUAAGAAGAAGAUUGUUAAGAAAAAUGGCGAUCAUAAAAAAAUUGAGAAUGCGGGUCCACUAAAGAAGUUAAAAAUCGACGCAAGUGAUUUAGGGAAUGAUCUCGCAAGGCCAGAAAAGGAAACGGUUGAGCGUGCAGAUGGAAAGGAAAUGGGUCUUAGGGAGCAGAAGCAGUUGGUGAGGGAUCAAAUACUUGAUAUGCUUAUGAAGGCUGGAUGGAGUAUUGAAUAUAGGCAGAGGCAAUCGAAAGAUUACCAGGAUGCUGUUUAUAUUGACCGGGAUGGAAGAACUCACUGGUCAGUUACGUUGGCUUACCAAAAGCUUAAGAAGAAAAUCGACGAGGGAAAAGCCGAAGAGAAAGAUGUCAUGGCGUUUACUCCUAUACCUGAAGAGACACUCGGUAUGCUGUUUAGAGUGACUGAGAAAGGCAAGAAAGGUGGCAAAAAGAAAGAUGGUGCAGUGAAGACAGUCAAAAGAGUGAAAAGGGUGUCGUCUAAAACCAAACCAUUAGGUGGAGAAAUUAAAUCGAAACUGAAUCCGCGAAACCAACGAAGUUUAUUGGCUCGUAAACCUAGGGAGGGCCCUGAUAGUAACAAUAAUGAGUUGUACGAAGAAAAACGGUCUUUACUGUCGUGGAUGAUUGAUUUGGGAACUGUUCCACUUGGCGGUAAGGUGAAGUACAAGAGAGGAAGGGGUAAAAAGAUAUUGAUUGAAGGGAGGAUUAUGAAGGAUGGAAUCUGUUGUGAUUGUUGUAAUGUUACACAUAGGGUUUCGGACUUUGAGGCUCAUGCUGAAAGUAAAGUUGGAAAAUUGUUCGAGAAUAUAUAUCUCGAUUCUGGGAACUCUCUUCGUCGGUGCUUAGUGGAGUCGUGGAAAAAACACGUGGAAACUGAUAACAUUAAUUUUGUUACCGUGGAUGUGGAAGGCGAUGAUCCGAAUGAUGACACGUGCAAUCUCUGCGGUGAUGGUGGUGACUUGAUCUGCUGUGACAGUUGUCCGUCAACUUUCCAUAAUGGCUGUUUACAUAUUGAAGUUCCUUCUGGAGAUUGGCACUGUGUAUACUGUUCAUGCAAAUUCUGUGGAGUGACCUGUGAGAGUACCGAUGAUGAUCAUGAUAUAUUAUCGGAGUUGUUCACAUGCCGUUUGUGUGAGGAAAAAUUCCACAUGCAUUGCAUUAAUGGGGAUAGUGCUGAAGAUUUUGACGGUGAAAUUCCAUCUUUUUGUGGGAAGGAAUGCUUAAAGAUUUGUGAGCAGUUACCGGCUCUUCUUGGAGUUAGAAAUGAACUACAAGAAGGGUUUUCCUAUACCAUUCUUCAGCAUAGUGUUAUUAGUGACGAUGAAUCUCGUAAUGGUGACUCCUCGAAGUUAGAAAGCAAUUCCAAGUUAGCUGUUGCUUUCUCUGUUAUGGACGAAUGCUUUGAACCAAUCAUAGACGAGAGAAGUGGAACCAAUAUCAUUCACAAUGUUGUCUACAGCUGUGGGUCGAAUAUUAGACGGUUGAAUUACGAUGGAUUCCAUACCAUUAUCCUUGAGAAGGGUGACGAAUUUGUUGCUGCAGCAUCUAUAAGAAUUCAUGGCAGUCAGUUAGCGGAGAUGCCUUUUAUUGGAACUCGGUUUAUGUACCGUCGUCAAGGGAUGUGCAGCCGGCUCUUAAAUGCUGUUGAAACGGUUCUUCGCUCACUUGGCGUCAAGAAACUGGUAAUACCUGCAAUAUCGCAACUCAACGAAACAUGGACAAAAGUAUUUGGUUUUGUGCCGGUUGAAGAAUCAGAGAGGCAAGAAAUGAAGUAUAUGAGCAUGAUUGUAUUCCCAGGCGUAAACAUGUUACAGAAACCUAUAAUGGGUAUCGAACGGAAAAUCGAUUCUGCAGCUGUGGGGCCCACUGAAGUUAUACCCGAGCAUCAGAAUAAUAUGCAAGAAAAUCCUGCAUCUGAUUCCAAUAACGAAAAAAAUGCUGACGUGGAAUCUGACGCUGUAAUGCCAGCUGGCUCGUUGAAUAAGGAAACUAUCGAGAUUGAUGCAGUUGUUGCUGGUUCAGACAAUGGCGAUUGCACUGACCACCUUGAUGAAUCGAAGGAUAACAGUGUUUCCUUAAAUACCAAUGUGAGUAUCGAUUGCAAUAUGGAGCCACAAGAAUCUGCUGAAGAAUAGUGCAGUUGCGAACGAUUCUUUUUUUUUUUUGUCGAAAAAUGGGGGAAAUUGUAAAGUGUAGUGCAUGAUGGAGAGUGAGAGGAAAUAGAUAGUUAAGUUGAUGAAUUGGUCUUAAUCUGCAAAGCUGGAGCUUUUAACUUGUUUUGAUAACCCAUGAUUAAUUGGGUAGCUAACCAAAAUGGAGAAAUGGAUCCUUUUUUUUUU